UUUUUUUGCUUAUAUAAAUCGUUUAGUUUAAACAAGUAUUGAAAUAUCUAUUUUGAUAAUGACCCUGAAUUUCUAGAAGUAUGCACAAAAAGGAGAGGUUUCAAAAGGAACGUUUACAAUUAUUUAUCUUUUAAAAUUACUUUUGAUUAUAAUUGUUACUCACGGAGCAUAAAUAACUACGUAUUAAUGUUAUGCGAUUAUAUAUGCAGUAUCGUGAAUAAGAACUAUGAAUACAAAGUGAAAAUAUAGUUAGUUGUUAAUAACAAAUCUAAGCAGAUAAUAAACUAACUGGUUUUAUUCUAACAGAUUUUAAAUACCAAAUACCAAUACUAGUACAAAGUUGACUUGGCAUUGCAAAUACACUGAAAAAGAAAAACAAUUUGAUUGAUGCUUGAAGAUUAAAAAUGAAUAUUUACUGGGCUACUUGUGUAUUAUGCUUUUUUUCUGCAUUAUUUGACACUGGUUCGGCCUUAAAUUGUUGGUCAUGUGACUCACAAGAAAAAGCAGAUAGUUGCAGAGAUUAUUUCAAUAUUUCACAAAUUGAAAUAGAAGAAGUAGAACGUUUACAAAAAUAUGAUUACGGAUUUCCAAAGACUAAACCGUGCUACGGUGAUGGCACAAAGGAUGAGAAAACAGUAUGUUUGAAGUUGGUUUUCAAAGGUGCUUCUAGUAAGGAUAAAUCUGAUGUUAUAAGAAGAUGUCAAGUAGUUCCAAAUGCUCUAAAAUCAGGAGAUUGUCCUGAAGGUUUGACAGUCGGCAAUAGUAGAACAGUAGAAUACUGCGGAACAUGCGAUACCGAUGAUUGUAAUUCAGCUAUUGCGAUAGAAACUAACAUUUUUUUGGCAAUACUGAUGAUGACAUUGUUGCAUUCUGCAAAAACAUUGUAGGUGACUUGUAAAUUAAUAGUUUGUUAAAUAAACUUAUAUAAUCUAUGUAAGCUAGUAUUAAAAGAUAUGUAUAUAUCAUAUUCUUAUCAUUUACC